CGAGGGCGGGGUGGUUCACAGGAAAGGGAUUUCGGCGAAGCCACUUCAUCAUCGAUCAUGAACUAGAGAGCAGCCUCCCCGGCUUCUCUCCAUUUCAUGAUCGAUGCCAAGGAGGCAUUUGAUUUCAAAAAGCUGAACUCUGGGUACCCUUCUGCCGUCCGGUGGUGCUCCGUUUCCUAAACAGAGUGUAUUGUUGAGAGAACCAAUGUUUUGAUCUGCAUGUGCUCGUAUUUGGAUUUAAUUCCACCCUUUCAUUGUACUGCAAGUGCCACUGCACCGCAUCGAGUCCAUGGAAUUUUAGUAGUGUGCAUAUGGACUGAGUGUGGACUGGUACUUCCUUUAGCCAAUGGAUUUCGACCAGUUUGCGGAACUACCAAGCAUUACAGUGGUUCUGUGUAGCAUUCGUUGUGGCAUGCGAUUAAUUUAAUGAAAUGACCCGGCCAAUAGCGUGACCGCAACUGGUUGAAGAAAAAAAAAAAGAAAAGAAAAGCGCCUGUUAGGACUGGCCCUCAACACCCGCUGCAGAAAAGCCUCGUAAACCCGCACCUACUCAACGACCUGCUCACCCGCACGAAAUCCCCGCCUUCCAUCAAACUGAUCUGCUUACUGUACAGUACCAAGGGUUGCCGUACAUCCCCCCGUGCACCGACGUCCCCCGCCGCUGUCACUUUUGCGCCUGCUUCCGUCCUCUUGCCAGACUAUUUAACGGAGUGAAAACGCGUGGGGGGGGGGGGGGGGACAACAUCAACGUCCCUGCGUCCGAAACUUUUCCACAAACCAUCCCCACCUGGGCAACUGUACCAAACCCAUCCCGCCUGCCCACCCUUUCACCAUGAACUCUGUCCCUCUUGCCCUGCUAACACUCGCGGCCGUCCUCAGCCUCGCGUCAUCCAAGAGCGGCAAGAACCCGUGCCACCCGAACCGGCGGGUGGAGUCGCUGGGCGUGCCGUGCGAGGGCAUCUACCUUCCGCCGGGCAUGUGCGACAACUGCGAGCUGUCCGCGUACGACAGCCGCGGCAACUUCAACGACUGCCAAGCCAUCUACAAGAUCGGCGAGCCGGCGUGCCGCUCGCAGAUCGAGCGCUACUCCGAGCUCAACCCGUGCGACACGGUGCGGAAGAAGCAGCUCGAGGACUUUGACGACCCGGACAACCGCAAGGCGCUGGACUACUUUGUGUACUCGGUGUGCGAGGAGUGCUGCGACUGCAUCCCGCGCGGCGCGCGCAGCUCGCAGUACGAGGAAAGGAAGAGGGCCAGGCCGAGGACCCUGACGUCGCUCGUGCGCGGCAACUGCCCCGCGCACGCGCAUUACGAUAUCUGUAGGGUGUGGCCGGAAAUUAGACACGUGACGCGGCCCGGGGGUACGCUCAGGCUCGGGCGACCUAAGGCUUGCCCGAAGAUCAGGGAAUGGUUCUUCAGCCCCGCUAGCAAAGGUUGGGCAGGGCAGGAUAACACCGAUAUUAGUCGCGACGUGAGGAAUUUCUUGGGCAAUUUUAACAGCGUGGCGAGGUGCCGUAGGAAAAGUACUUGGCAGAGAUGCACGGACCUUGAAGUUGCUCAGAGGCGCAUUUGAGGGGCGGGUCGAAGCGGUCUUGAGGUUUUGCGCUGUGGUGACUGAUUCUCGGCAGAUGCGGCUCUGUGCGUAAUUAGAGGCGCAGGCUAAGGAGAUAUUUCAUGCUCUCCUCGAUGGGGGUACAGCAACGGUACAGCAGACCCACUGUAGUAGUGUACGGUAUGUAGUAGAGUGAUGUGGUAGUUUGGAUUGGGCUGUGGUUUUUUCGAUCUAUUUGUUGUUGGGUGGGGUAGCAAUUAGCUUGAACUGCACUGGAAAAGACAACUGUUACCUUACCGUAUAUAUGAAGCACUGUUCAAGCUUGAGGAUGGGUAUCGGAUUGUACGUCAUGUACGUGGUGUAAAACGGCCUAGCGUAUCAGCGUA